UGGACGAUUGUCUGUGUCUUAAAAAUAAUUAUUAUUUAUCACGGUCUCAUCCUUUGUCCUGAAACAUUUGAAACUGAAGUCAAAACUUAUAUCCGUGCUAUAGAUAAUAGCAAAAUAACCGACAAACGUGUAAAUAACCGGUGAAAUUGACAGGUGUCCCGUUCAUCCGUGUAAAGUGCGUUGAGUGAUUCCCGCAUAGUCGUUCGAGCAUGAAUAAUAAAGAAGUAACCGGUGAUAGCGUCGCGUGUCAACCGGGAGCGGUCUGGUGAUCGAGGCAUAGUGUCGAGGCCGAGAGGUUGAUCGUGUGAUGAGUCUGCGGUGACGGCGAGCCGCGGAGCGGUUGGAUGGCGGCUGUAAGCGGCCCCGCGCGGCACUCUCGCGUCUCCAUGAGUGUGUCCAUGUCCCUGAUGCAGGGCGGUACGCAGAGCGCGCCGCAGGGCGCCAUCCUGGCGGCGGCGGCGCCCUACUACCAGACGCCGGCCAUACCGACCGACGUACAGCCCGACCGCCCCAUAGGCUAUGGCGCCUUUGGUGUAGUAUGGGCAGUGACAGAUCCGCGCGAUGGCCGCCGCGUCGCUCUCAAGAAGCUGCCCAACGUUUUCCAGUCGCUCGUCUCCUCAAAACGUGUCUUCCGCGAGCUGAAGAUGCUCUGCUUCUUUAAACAUGAAAAUGUAUUAUCGGCGUUAGAUAUACUCCAGCCACCAAGCCUCGACUUCUUUCAAGAAAUUUAUGUAAUCACGGAGCUGCUACAGAGCGACCUGCAUAAGAUAAUCGUGUCGCCCCAACACCUCUCCGCCGACCACAUCAAAGUCUUCCUCUACCAAAUACUCAGAGGGUUAAAAUACCUCCAUUCUGCUCGAAUUCUUCAUCGAGACAUCAAGCCCGGUAACCUGCUCGUAAAUAGCAACUGUGUGCUCAAGAUAUGCGACUUCGGUCUCGCCAGAGUCGAGGAGCCAGACGUCACAAAGAACAUGACACAGGAAGUCGUCACGCAAUACUAUAGGGCGCCUGAAAUUUUGAUGGGCGCGAACCACUACACGGCCGCAGUGGACGUGUGGUCUGUGGGUUGCAUAUUUGGCGAACUGCUCGGUCGACGCAUACUGUUUCAAGCUCAGAGUCCCGUGCAGCAGUUGGAGCUAAUAACCGAGCUGCUCGGCACGCCGUCGCUGGAGGACAUGCGCUACGCGUGCGCGGGCGCGCGUGCGCACAUGCUCCGUCGUGCGCCGCGACCGCCCGCGCUCGCUGCGCUCUACACGCUGUCCGUGCAAGCCACGCACGAAGCGGUGCACUUGUUAGCACAGAUGCUGGUAUUUGAUCCGGCUAAACGUAUAUCAGUCGUGGACGCCCUCGCCCAUCCAUAUCUAGAGGAAGGUCGUCUACGUUAUCAUUCGUGCAUGUGUAAAUGCUGCUACAGCGCUCCUCCAGCAGCAAGACACUACUCGCCGGACUUGGAACCAGUCGCCCCCCACGCCUUCCACGACGGCUGGGAGAGGAAACUCACUUCGGUUCAUCAGGUUAAAGAAGAGAUCCACAAGUUCAUAGCUGAACAACUUCAGACCUCGCGGGUUCCGCUCUGCAUCAACCCGCAGUCUGCGGCGUUCAAGAGCUUCGCAAGCUCGACCGUCGCCCACCCCUCCGAACUGCCGCCGUCACCGCACCAAUGGGAAUGACGCGAGUCCAAGCGCGGCUUCGACAAGCGACGCGCCGUAUACAACGACACGCGAUAACCGACAUUACAUCUUACCAUGUAACGCUCAAUAUUCCAUGUAUAGUGUAGCAAUUUGUUUAAGGACCGCUUCUUAUAAUUUCAAGGUACCAAAACAAACGAAAUGUCGGUGUAUAUUGAUAAUUGUACUAAACAAACCGUCGGUAGAAUCAUCUCAUUUAUAAAGGUCGAGUGAGUCACUGGAUGAAUACGAACUGCCUAAAACUUUGACUAAUCAAAUAGUCUAUUAAGACAUAAGGUUUACCAUUAUGCUGAGGUAUUCGAUGUUUAUCCUAAUUUUUGAUACGAUUUCUCAGCAUUAAUUUGACUACUUGGUUUAACUGCAAAAGGGAUCUCACAUAACUAUUAAAUUUGACGAAAAUAAAGAAACAAUUGGACAAGGCAUUCGUAACAUUACGAUUAUAACUUUAAGAUAUUCGAACCAGAUAUUUUUAUGAAGAACCUCAUAAACCGACACGAUGAUUGUAAUAUAUUUAGGACCUAUAUUCAUUAGUAAGAUGUGAUAUAUUUUUAACUAAAACUUACAUGAAUAUCGCUGAAGCUGUAAAAGAAGAUCAGCUUUUCAGUUUAAAAAAAAAACGGAUAAUUUUUUUAAGUUAAUUUAUGUCGCUAAGGGAGUGCAUUCCUGACGCGCAGAACAGCGUAAGGAUGUUUCAAAUUAUUACUGCACUAUUACAAGGUCAGUGUCAAUUGUUUAUUGACAACUGACAGACGUCAACAUGACCAAUUGACAGAUGUCAAUAUGACCAACUGACAGACGUCAGAAGAGCGAUUUAUAGCGGACGGACUUUGAUAGCUGUGCCUAGCGGUUACACCCGCGGUGAAUUUUUAAUCUACAUACCUACCUGUUUCAUAGUUUGACUAUCAGUUGACAUUUAUGAUUACUGCUUCUCCCUUAAGUGACCUUUUAUUACCAACAAUAUAAAAAAAAUCUUAUUUUAAUAUAUUAUGGGUAAAAUGUAUCGAUGGGAUGUAUGUAUAGAUGAAUAUUAAUACUGAAGCAAAUUGUGGAAAGUUUUUAUAAAGACGCUGAUCACAAAUUUUGGAAUAUAUAAUGUCUGAUCUUAAGAUUAUUAGAUCAUUGAACGUGGAUGAUCACUACGUAUACGUCAUUGGGUUAUGAAAAAAAAACAUUGGGUUAUGAAAAAAAAAAAUAAGACGAAAACAAAUUCGUGGAUACUUCAUAUAUUUCUAACAAUUGAUUACAAUGAUUUAAGCAAAAAUCAAUCUUGAAAUAAAUUAUAGUAUCAAACGAUUAAGGUACAUGCAUAUAAUAUAUGAUUUUCUGUCUUACCUAAUGUAUACAGGACUUAAUAUGAUAGCAAAACUUUUAUCGAAAACUUCAAAGACGAAUAUGGUAACUAAUUGGCAUUAAUUUAAAUAAAGAAAAUUUAUAAAAAUUGUGCAACAAAGUGCAAUUAGAGUACCUUAAAAAAUUAAAAUGGCUACCAAAAUUAAUGUGUACCGUUUCGAAAAUUCUUAGUUUAGGUUUAGGCUAUGGUUAGUUUGUGAAUAUAUAUUUAAGUUAUACCGGCAUGGGAAGAUAAAUAUGGCAAAGAAUAUGAUGGAAUACUAGCUGUCGCUAUAUUACAAGUUACAAGAUUGGCAGAUGUUCUAUCUCUGUCUAUUCAUAAAUAUAAAUAACCCUGUGCAUGAAAGGGUUAGAUAACACCAAUGCUCACGUCAGGUUAAAAGGAAAAACAUUGUAAUAUAACGCAAGUUAGAUUUGAUACAACGAAAGAAUCGCAGAUAACGUUAGUGGGGAUGCGAAAGGUUUGUUAAAAAAACUUGAUGUAAUGUUCAAUGUAACCGAUUGCUUUAUAUGUAGGUAGGUAUAGUAAUUCAUACUAGGGUCUAUCAGACCUGCACGACCAAGCGAAUCGUAAGUAAAUCUCUAUAUACAGCAACGGGACAGUCGAAGAAUGCUACCUUAUAAGUAUAAAUGUAACUUAUUGAACACUGUCGCGUGGUCGCUCAGAUGUGAACGAUUCCUUAUAUUUGCGAUUCUAUGUAGUAUACGCGUGUGUGUGCCUGACAGUAUGGACAUUGCAAGCAAUAAAUGUUGCAAUAUAAUAUAGCGGUAUUGCAUUAAUUUUAUCGAUUUGAUUUUUUUUUUUUGUUGUGUUCUUUGUCUAUUUGAAGCCUCGUACAGAUUUCGGCUUCGUACUUAACUUAGAUCGCAGUCUCAUGCGGAUUCUGGAAUCUCGACAGACCGCAGUCUGUACGGAGCUUUACAUUUAUAAUAAGCUUACUCUAUACACCAUUGUAUGUAACAUCGACUGAACAUUUUUACGUAGUUAGGUUAGAUUAGAAUUUAUUAAAUACCAGAAACACAAGGAAAUAGUAAGGGAAAAAGUAUGUUAUAUCAACGCCGUAGUGUAUAUUAUUGUAUAGUGAUGUAACUUUAACCGAUACAUAUUGAGGUCAAGCAUUUAUAGCGUAUUAGAUGUAUUACGUAACUGUGUGUUAGUGUGCGUGACACGAGUGUGUGUGUAUAUUUUCAUUUAUCGAUAUCGAUGUUUCCAUUUGUGUUUAAUUUAGUAAACGUUCUGCAUCACGCUGCUAACAUAAUAUAGUAUAGGGGAAACUGUGUGCAUGUCAAGAGACGUAGCCUUAAAACUAGUUCAAAGCUAUAUAAAAUAUAAUAAAAAAAAAAUUAAUAAAAAAUAUGUAAAUAUAUGACUAGUGUUAGUUAGGCUCUUGUAUCGAUUGAGCCUUUGUAAUAUCCCGCACGAUUAGAUUGGCGGUUUGGUGUACCGUUACAAGGGAAUAUGGACCUUAUCAUAACGGUACGACCAAAUACGAUUGAUGGUACAAAAGGAAGCGUGUCUGCGCCGCUCACUGAUAAAUACACGCUCUAUGACAAGAUCAAUUUUAUUAUUUUUUAAUUUGUGCUCAAUAAUGAAAAAUAAUAAGGUUAUAUAUAUAUUAAAAAAAACCUUUUCAACCAAGCUUUUAUUUAGUAGCAAUUUCGAAUCAAUUCAAAAAUAUCAUACUAGAUAGUGUUGCCAUAAUCACCAAAAGUUAGGCAAAAUUUUAGCUCAAUCGUUUGAAUGUUAAUUCAUUAUAUUUGCUAAUCGACUCUUACAUUAUAACACGAGAAGUUAAACAGAUCAUUCAUAUUGCGUGUAUUUAUAGAGAGUGCGUUCGGACCGCUACGGACCCACCUUGCCUUAACUCAGUAAACUGUCACUGUGAUUCAGUAAGUGUAGUUAUUUGACUCAAACACCUCCCGCAGUCAGUUCGACUUGUAUAUACAAUUGUAUUUUUAUUAUUAUACGCUUUAUAAUCGCUAUUACACUUGAAUGUAUUCAAAGCGAAAGUCGUUGACAUCAAAAUGCAUAACACGAUAGAUACAAGCGAUUUAAUUAAGUACGAGUCAAUAUUAAAAUGUAUUUAACUUAUAAACUGCUUAGCGGCUGUUUAGCUAAACACUGAUUUUUCUCUUUCUAUCAUUAUCGAUUUAAAAUUCGAAAGAAGAAGACGGCAUCGUUUAACUAAUCACCCGCUAAACAAAGUAUAUAAGUAAGUCCGUUAUUUGUUAAAUUUCCGAUUGUCCAAUGUAAAUAUUUAGCCUCGAUCGACUUUAAUUUGUCCCAUGUUUUAAAACUUGCGUUUAAACGCUUCUCAUUUUAUUUAAUAUGCGUAUUUCGUUUCCAAACUUUCAGAGAUCUCGUAUAUUUUUAAGUUCUAACAAGAUCGUAAGCACACGGUUUUUAGUUCUUAAGGCGUCACGCAUUUCUUUUCCUUUAUAACGCCAACGCUGAUGCACUGACGUAUGUUAGAGGUACGUCUUUAAUCAAUAUCCUUUUAUCCUGUAAAUAUUAGAGACGUGAUAAGAUUUUUUAAUUUCGUAUUAAUUAAGCCUCUGCCCUUAUUUGUGUUCUUUAUUUGAUUAUUCGUUUAUUUACUUUUAAUGAUAGUAGUAAUAAAAAAAAAAACAACAUAAGAAUUGUUCGAUCGUAAGUCAAACGAUUCGUUUUAAACUUAUUUACCGGUUAUGUAAAUAGUAGGUAUUUUGUGCACUGAUAAUCGUGAUUAAGGUAAACGUAACUUAGAUUAAUACCGAACGGCUGUAUCGAUUAAUAUAAUAUAAUGCCCAAAACAUGUUCACAUAAUAAUACCACGUGUAUUAGGAAUGUUUGCUUUGCGAUAAUUAUACUUAUCGACGAUUACGUGUAUCAUAGUUUUAGUUUGUUUUUGGCGCGAUGGACUCGUUAGUUAUUGAUGUUUAUUUGAUAUAUUGAAAAUGAUAAUAAAAAAAAAAAAUGAAACAGAAACUGGACUAUGUAAAUAUAUUUGAUACGUGUUUCUGUCGUGUACGGAGUUAGUUGCAUUUUACCAUUUUUGCAAACUGCCAAAACUAAUGUAAUGAUUUUGUAGCGUCGUGUCGACGGCAACACGGAUAAUAUGCAACCUGUCUCACAGCAAUUUAUAAUUUUUUUAAUGUAUACAGAUCUUAUGUAAAACGGUUAACGUUUUAUUAACUAGAAUUAACAUAAGUUAAAUAUAGAAUAGAUGAUGUUCGUGUAAAUGUUUAGACUUAUCGUUGUUCUGAAUAGUUUUUCAGAUAGCUCAGUUUAUUGCUUUUCUUCGUUGAUCUUCGUUUAAGAUGAUUCUAAACACAUUUUUUUUAAAUGAUAUUAAGCGUACACACUGCUUGAGAACUUCGUCGAUUGAUAUUUACGUAUGCAAAAUACAGAUAACAAAUAAAACCAUGUGACGGCGAAGUUUUUAAUCAAUAUGUACGCUUUUCUCUACGAUUAUUCUUAAUAUGUAUAAAUAUGUAUAGAUUUGUUUUAUGUUCAAGCAAUGAACUGAGCUAUAUAUGAUAGAAUGGAAGACAGUUUGUAGUUAUCUGUGUAGUCGGUAGUGUAGCGGGCCCCGGCGUAGAGCUGUGACAUCCGGGCUCGACACUGUAACAAUAAAACUAUGGCAUAAAUAUA